ACACGACGUCCGAACAUGUUAUUUUUCUGUAACAAUAAUUAUUGCACGGUAGGUACACGAUAAUUAUUAUUAUUAUUUUUUAUAUCUAUACAUACCUACAUCGUUACGUACGUCCGUACCAUGUAGUGCGUUAACCGCGUACAGUAGUGAUUAAAUAGUGUAGUAAAAUAUUAUUAUUAUUUUUAGUUAUAAUCGCACGGAAACAAUAUCACGCCAUCGGGUCGUCUCGGCCGCCGCUUUUUUAAAGGUUACACGUUUUUCGCCUCGAAAAGUCGUUCGAAAGUCGGUCAGUUAAAAAAAAAAAACAAAAUUUUCAACCGGUUUUUGUUGUGAUACUUAUUUUUAUUACCUACCGUCAUCCCUCGAGACAUCGUGAUAUUGUGUUGUUUUCCAACUGCCCCCGGUCGUGUGACAUGUGUUGAGAGGUGUCUGUCAAGUUCGGCGAUGGUGAUGACGGUGAAGGUCUGUUGAAUAAAAAAAAAAAACAACUGUCUGUUUGGCGAUUCGUUAAUUAAUACAACAGCAGUGGGUGUCCGUCGCAGCCGACCGUAACAUCAUGUUUUACGUCACCAAAGAGAAGAUACUGUCGCCGGCUCAACUGAAAAGGCUCAGCGAGCACACGUACAAAUGCGAGAGUCGCAGCAUAUCCGACUCGUUCAUGCAACCGUUUUGGAAUUGGCUCGUGUUGCAAACGCCCAUUUGGCUGGCGCCCAAUUUGAUCACGCUCAUCGGACUCGUCGUCAACGUGGUCACUACGUUGGUGAUCAUAAGUUACAGCCCUGACUCCAACUCGGAAGUUCCUAGAUGGGCCAGCUUUUUGUGUGGUCUUGGCCUAUUUAUUUAUCAGAGUCUUGACGCGAUCGAUGGAAAGCAAGCUCGUAGAACGGGUACUUCUACUCCAUUAGGCGAACUCUUCGAUCACGGUUGCGAUUCUAUAUCUACCGUGUUUAUUACGUUGUCGACGUGUGUUUCUGUAAAAUUGGGAGAAUACCCUUCUUGGAUGUUUGUUCAAAGUUUUUUCGCCGUCGCUCUAUUUUAUUUUGCACAUUGGCAAACUUACGUAUCCGGUACUCUUCGGUUUGGUAAAUUUGAUGUAACCGAAACGCAGCUAACUAUUAUAUUUCUGCAUGUUACGUCAGCCAUAUUUGGAACUGAAAUUUGGGACUAUCAAAUUCCAAUGUUUCAAGUGAAAAUUAAAUUUGUGUUGUUACUGACAACACUGGCAGUUUCCGUAUUUUUGGCCAAGUCAAAUCUAGCUGUUAUACUUACUGGUGGCAUUGGUAAAAACGGAUCUUCCGUAGCGGGGACGAGCGUUCUGUCUCCUGCGAUUGCUAUCGCUUUGGUAAUGCUGCCUGGCUACAUUAUUAGCUGUAAAAGUACCGAAAACAUUUACGAGAACCAUCCCGUGCUGUAUAUAAUGGCGUUUGGUUUAGUUUCUGCCAAAAUAACAAACAAACUCGUGAUAGCUCACAUGACCAAAAGUCCAAUAGACUAUGUCGAUUCCACUCUGAUCGGGCCGGCAAUGUUAUUUCUAAAUCAAUAUUUCAACUGCGUGCUGCCCGAGUAUUACGUCCUUUGCGCAUGCCUGGUGUGGUCAGUGAUCGACCUAUCGUUGUAUUCGAUAUUUGUAUGCAAGGAAAUUUGCGAUCACUUGCGCGUUUAUUUGUUCUACAUAACGCCAAUAGUGUCGUCGUCGUCCAAAACCAACUUGUCCAGCAGAGCGACAGGCUCGUCUAGCAAAAACGGCGGCGGCUUGAAUAGUCAUCAUCAUUUUAAGUAUCCGUCGACCAUGACUAGUUUUAUCUAUCCAUCCAAAGCAAAAACGAAAUAAUGGUUGAUUAUUUCUUUUCGAAUCAAAGUUUUCAGAUAAUUGAAUCUCAAUUGACCUCGUUAUUACCACAAAAUAAUAUCACUGUUUGUUUGGCGAUCUGUUACGUCAUGGCAAGUAUUUCAAAACUUCAACUUAAUAUUGUUAUAGUAAUCAUAAUUUACUUUUGAAUAUAAAUAAAAUGUAAUAAAACUCCUAAUGAGUAACUUUUGGUGCUUUGAAGUUGCUCAUACUUUGUAAUAUUUAAAUUAUAAUUGUAAUUUUAUUCCAUCUAUAUCUGACCCGUAAAGAACCGUAAAAGUGGGUAAUAAGAAACUGAAAUACAUUUUAUUGGUC